AUGUCUCUCCAGCGGGAGAAGGAGGCCCUUGUAUCAUCAUUGCAACAAAACCAGGCGGAGUACGAGCAUCGAAUUCAGGAACUGGAAAGUAAACUCAUUCAGGCGAAUCGUCGCACGUCUCAAGCAGAGAUGCGGCUCACAGACAAUGAACGUUCCGCCUUGGCGCCCCUUCGCGAGCUCCGGGCCGCGUUGGACGACGUGGAGCGGCAGAAGAAGCGCCUGAUGGAGGAGGUGGAGUACUGGAAAGGGGAGUUUUCCGCGAUGGAGCGGGGGCGGGAAUCCGAGAAGAAACACUUCACACAACGACUAACCGAUAUGCAGAGUGAGAUGCAGCUACUGCAGAACGAGAGGCUCGCUGUCGAAGAGGAACUGCAGCAGAGCAGGGGGAAACAUUCACGGGCCCAACGGGCUUUGGAACACGCUCUGGAGCGCGCCUCCCAGGCAGAAGCAAUGAAGGAGCAGCUGACAGUUGCGUUGGAGGAGGCGCGAAGGCGGGUGGACAGCGCCAGCUCCAGCAACAGCAACAGCAACAACAUUGGCGCAGUAACCCCGAUUCCUGGCGCGGGGAUGGGGGAGACUGCAAGACAUUCAACGCCCUCCUUUGAUGCUAGCCACAGUAGCAUAGUGCGACCCUUGUUUUCAGUGGAUUCUGCCGACUCGGUCAGUGACGUCUGUCGCGGCAGCCGGAGACGUGUGGAGCGGGAGUUGGUGCGACAGGCCGUUGAGAUUGAGCGACUCCGCCGCGUGGAAGAAGAGGGUGCGGAAGCCAAGCAAAAGCUUUUAGUUAUUGCCGCCCAACAUGAUCUGCUCAUGCAAAUGUAUGGCCAACUUCGGGAGGAGCUUCAGAAAAAGCAACUGGAAGUGUCCCCAAAGUAG